AGUACUGAAGAACACCCAUAUAUUCAUGGGCUAGCUAGCACAGUACUUCUAUCAAUUGUGCCAAGAUCUUGGGCAGGCAGUGAAAAGAGACCUCGUGUGCACUCAGCGAAUCAAUAAAUCGUCCCUUUAUAAAUUCGGGAGGUGGCGCGCGACAUUUAGGAAGAGGAGAGGACUGAAUCAGUAGCAAGGAGAAACUCAGAGUGUUGCUCCAAUCUAGAAGGAACUCAAGCUCAGUGCAGAGAAAAUCUAGUCGCCGAUCUUUCAUGGGAGAUGGACCAAUCAAACAAGCAAUCGUCUCUCAGUACACCAUCACCACCCAGACGGUCGCUCGAAGUAUUCAAUCCCACCAACUACUCUAUUAGGCCAACCAACCAGGCCAUCCUUUCACAACCCAAAUGGCGGAGCUUGCUAGAUACACGCGUAAGCAACCGACGGGACCAGUUUCCCAAGCGCUCUUCCAAGUCUGGUCGGAAUGUGGACAUCGCCACCUCAUGGAUGGCCCUCAAGGACUCCACCCCACCACCGAUGGCAUCACCAGCAGCAAUCCCCCAGAAGACCUUCUUGGCGAUCUUAAAUGAGCACGAUGAUCACGAGGAACCGAUGUCCAAGAGGCAAUCAUGGUCGGGAGAAGUCGGUGCUGCGGCACAACGUGCGGCCGAGUGGGGUUUGGUGCUAAAAACCGACACAGAGACGGGCAAGCCGCAAGGGGUUUCCGUCAGGACUUCGGGUGGCAGCGGACCCCACAGAAGAGACUCGAACAACUCUGUGCGAAGCUCGUGUGGAAGCGAAGUCAAUGACUCGAACAACCAGCCUGGAAACCCAAAAAGAGACUCGAACAACUCUAUGAGAAGCUCCGGCGACUUAUCGGAAGACGGAGGAGGGAAAGAGAGUGGGAUUCCGAGAAUAUCAGAGGACCUAAGGGACGCCUUAUCAACGUUCCAACAAACGUUUGUGGUCUCCGACGCGACCAAACCGGAUUGUCCGAUAAUGUACGCCAGUGCAGGAUUCUUCAGGAUGACAGGGUACACAUCCAAAGAGGUGGUCGGUCGGAACUGUCGGUUUUUACAGGGUAAGGAUACAGACCCAGAAGACGUAGCGAAGAUAAGAGAGACAUUAGAGGCAGGGUCGAGCUUCUGUGGGAGGUUGCUCAAUUACAAGAAAGAUGGCACGCCGUUUUGGAAUUUACUCACUGUUACACCCAUUAAGGACGACACUGGAAAAAUCAUUAAAUUUAUUGGGAUGCAAAUGGAGGUUAGCAAGCAUACAGAGGGGUCCAGGGAUAAAAUGGUGCGUCCCAAUGGAUUGCCAGAGUCCUUGAUUCGAUAUGAUGCUCGCCAGGAAGAGAUGGCUACCAGUUCUGUUUCUGAGGUUGUGCAGGCAGUGAAGAGACCUCGUGCACUCAGCGAAUCAAUAAAUCGCCCCUUCAGAAAAUCAGGAGGUGGCAAGGAAGAGGAGAGGAUUGAAUCACUAGCAAGGAGAAACUCAGAGAGUUUUGUUCCACCUAGGAGGAACUCACUUGCAAGCACUAGAAGCUCAAUGCAGGGCCUCAGUGAGUUACCUAAAAAGAAACAGAGAAAAUCUAGUAGGCGUUCUUUUAUGGGGAUUAUUAGGAAAAGUCAAUCCAACAUUAAGGGAAGUCUUGACUUUGAAACUGCUAUGGAUGAUGAUGGAAGUAAUGAUGAUGAGUGGCUUGACCAUGUUGAUGACAGAGUAAGGAAGAAGGAAAUGAGAAAGGGUAUUGAUCUUGCUACUACACUUGAGCGCAUCGAGAAAAAUUUUGUCAUUACAGAUCCAAGGCUCCCUGAUAAUCCUAUUAUUUUUGCAUCCGAUAGCUUCUUAGAACUUACGGAGUAUAGUCGUGAAGAAAUCCUGGGAAGAAAUUGCAGGUUUCUGCAAGGACCCGAAACUGAUCCUGCAACUGUGAGGAAAAUUAGAGAGGCAGUUGACAACCAGACAGAAGUCACGGUCCAGCUCAUUAACUACACGAAGAGUGGUAAAAAGUUCUGGAACCUGUUUCAUUUGCAACCCAUGCGUGAUCAAAAAGGUGAAGUACAGUAUUUUAUUGGGGUACAAUUAGAUGGUAGUCAACACAUUGAGCCACUUCACAACUGCAUUCCAGAAGACACUGCAAAAGAGAGUGAAAAACUGGUCAAAGAAACUGCAGAAAAUGUUGAUGAUGCAGUGAGAGAGCUUCCUGAUGCUAAUUUGAAACCAGAAGAUUUAUGGAUUAACCAUUCCAAGGUAGUUCGCCCAAAACCUCACAGGAAAGACAGCCCCUCUUGGAGAGCUAUCCAAAAGAUUCUAGAUAGUGGAGAACAGAUAGGCUUGAAACAUUUCAGGCCAAUAAAACCUUUGGGAUCUGGUGAUACUGGGACUGUGCAUUUGGUGGAAUUGUGCGGAAGUGGUCUGAAUUUUGCCAUGAAGGCUAUGGAUAAAAGUGUUAUGCUCAACCGUAACAAGGUGCAUAGAGCUUGUGCAGAGAGACAAAUCCUUGACAUGUUAGAUCAUCCUUUUCUUCCCACACUGUAUGCAUCAUUUCAGACCAAAACACAUGUUUGUCUAAUAACUGAUUACUGCCCUGGUGGAGAACUCUUCCUGCUUUUGGAGAGACAACCUACAAAGGUCCUGAAGGAAGAUGCAGUGAGAUUUUAUGCUGCGGAGCUAAUAAUUGCAUUGGAGUACCUUCACUGUCAGGGGAUAAUUUACAGGGAUUUGAAACCUGAAAACGUUUUACUCCAGAGCGAUGGGCACUUGUCCUUAACAGAUUUUGAUUUGUCAUGUUUGACAUCCUGCAAACCUCAGCUUUUGAUUCCAGGUACAAAUGAAAAUGUUUGUAGUUGGGAUUUGAAACCUGAAAACGUUUUACUCCAGCGCAAUGGGCACGUGUCCAUAACAGAUUUUGAUUUGUUAUGUUUGACAUCCUGCAAACCUCAGCUUUUGAUUCCAGGUACAACUGAAAAGAAACCGCAACACAAAGGUCAUCAGAAUCCUAUCUUCAUGGCUGAACCUGUGCGAGCAUCAAAUUCUUUUGUUGGCACUGAGGAGUACAUAGCUCCGGAAAUCAUAACUGGGGCAGGCCAUACUAGUGCGGUGGACUGGUGGGCUCUCGGUAUUAUUAUGUACGAGAUGUUCUAUGGAUAUACACCAUUUAGGGGAAAGACUAGGCAAAAGACAUUUUCCAAUAUUCUGCAAAAGGAUCUUAAGUUUUCAAGAAGAAUACUGGUUAGUCUCCAAGCGAAGCAGUUGAUGUAUCGUCUGUUGAACAGGGAUCCCAAAAACCGAUUGGGUUCUCGGGAAGGGACAAAUGAAAUUAAGAGUCACCCUUUCUUCUGGGGUGUCAAUUGGGCGCUAAUUCGAAACAUGAAACCUCCUAAGCUUGAUGCUAUUGUCUUUGGGACAACUGAAGCUGAGAAGGAAUCCAAAGUUGUGGAUCCUGGAUUGCAGGAUCUUCAGACAAGUGUUUUCUAGUAGCUAUGAUAAAUGUGUCUUCAUUUUCGGUCGGUCCUAUUAAUGAUUUGAGAAUUUGAAUCAUAUCUCCUCCAGUAAACAAAGACUAUACAGGCUCUGAGAGAUCCUUGAUGUGUUGAGGAAUCAGAUUUUAAUCGGCUUGGGUUGUGUUUCUCCCUUGCAUUUUCAUCAACAGCAAAAUCCAGUAGCUACCGGUAAAAGGAAAUUAAGGUUCUAUUAUCUCCUAUAUAAUGUGUGUAUGGUUUAAUCUAAAUCCCAAUUGGUUUGAACUUUCAACUAAAAGAUGGUAUAAAUCGACCUAUUCACAG